UUUCACUCUUUCGGAGGUGGUACGGGCUCCGGGUUUACUUCGCUUCUAAUGGAAAGGCUGUCAGUGGACUAUGGGAAAAAAUCCAAGCUGGAAUUGGCAGUCUAUCCGGCUCCUCAAAUAUCUACGUCCGUCGUGGAAGCCUAUAACUCUGUACUGACAACUCAUACGACCCUCGAUCAUUCCGACUGCGCUUUUAUGGUCGAUAAUGAGGCAAUCUACGACAUUUGUCGAAGAAACUUGAACGUUGACAGGCCGACGUAUACGAAUUUAAAUCGAAUUAUAGCCCAAGUAGUGAGCUCGAUAACGGCAUCGCUUCGGUUUGACGGUUCGCUCAAUGUCGACAUAAGCGAAUUUCAAACGAACUUGGUUCCCUAUCCCCGAAUACAUUUUCCACUGUUAACUUACGCACCGAUCGUCUCGGCCGAACGGGCUUUUCACGAGCAGCUCACCGUCUCGGAACUCACCUACAGCUGCUUCGAGCCCGCAAACCAAAUGGUCAAAUGCGACCCUCGCCACGGCAAGUACAUAGCAUGCUGCUGCUUGUAUCGGGGGGACGUCGUGCCGAAGGACAUAAACGCCGCAAUUUCCGUUAUCAAAACGAGACGAACGAUUCAGUUCGUCGAUUGGUGUCCUACCGGUUUCAAAGUCGGUAUAAAUUACCAGCCACCCACCGUCGUUGUAGGAGGCGAUUUGGCCAAGGUACAACGUGCCCUGUGCAUGAUGUCGAACACUACCGCAAUCGCCGAGGCGUGGGAACGUUUGGAUCAUAAAUUUGAUUUGAUGUACGCGAAACGGGCGUUUGUACACUGGUUCGUUGGGGAAGGGAUGGAGGAAGGUGAAUUUUCGGAAGCACGAGAAGAUACGGCCGCGUUGGAGAAAGACUAUGAGGAAGUAGGUCUUGAUACUAUCGACGAAGGCGAAGGGGAAGAUUUCUAAAUUUUACGUUGUACCUUUAGUAGUUUUAAGGAUAAAUUAAAUUUUGCAAAGUA